CUAUCUUUUUUCCCAUUGUGUAUUCUUGCCUCCUCUGUCUCAGAUUAGGUGACCAGGUAUGUGUGGGUGAUAUACUGAUAUCUUAAAUUAUGGCAUAUUUAUUAAUCCAUUUACAGAAAGGAAGCAUAGAAACCCAAAAUCAAUGGAUGAGAAAAAUUUUACCACAGUGAAGGAGUUCAUACUUUUAGGAUUUACGACAGACCCGUGGUUACAGAGACUUCUCUUUUACAUCUUCCUGAUCAUUUAUAUCAUCAGUCUUUUAGGGAACAUCACCCUGAUUUCUCUGAUCUGUUCUGAUUAUCGGCUCCAUAUACCCAUGUAUUUCUUCAUUGGAAGUCUGUCAUUCCUGGAUCUCUGGUAUGCUUCUGUCUAUGCCCCCCAAAUCCUGAUGACCUGCAUCUCUGAUGACAAACGCAUCUCCUUUGCUGGCUGCCUAGCUCAAUUCUUCUUUGCUGCUGGAAUGGACUACACUGAAUGUUAUCUGUUGGCUGCCAUGGCUUAUGACCGCUAUGUGGCCAUCUCCAACCCCUUGCUUUAUUCCCAGGCCAUGUCUCCAAGUUUAUGUGCCAGUCUUGUUGCAGCAUCAUAUUUUGGUGGCUUUGUGAACUCAACCAUCGUCACAAGUGAAACAUUUACCUUGAACUUCUGUGGGGACAAU